AUGGAAUUGAAAAAAUCGGUUCUCAUUGGCAUAGGUGUUCUCGGUGCGAUCGGUAUUGGCUAUGUCGUAUACUGGGAUUAUAUGAGACACAACAACAAAGAAUUCCGAAAUAAAUGGAAACGUGGAAGAAAGAAAUCAGCCAAACGUAGGAAAGCUGCAGUCGAGGUCGCCAAAGAUCGAAUAACUAAUUUCGUUAAGAAGGCCGUUGAUGAAGUCUCUAAAGAAAGUUUCCCUACCGAUGUCACUGCUAAAGAAAAAUACUUCAUGGAUCAAGUGUCCAAUGGUGAAACUUUACUUGCUGAAGGUAAAGAGCGUCAUUUGGACGCUGCUCUCUGCUUCUAUAAAGCUUUAAAGGUGUAUCCUAAUCCUGUUGAAUUGAUAAUGAUAUACCAAAAAACCAUUCCUGAAGCAGUUGUUAAUGUGAUUUACGAAAUGAUGAGUUUUGAGGUAAAGAAAAAAAAGGCAGAGUAUUUUGAAAAUUUUCCACCGAGAGAUAUGAAUGUUAGAGUAGAAAAGAUCAGCGAAAGUUCGUCUUCGGACGAUCAUAUUCGUCGCGGUCUUUUUGCUACAAAGGACUUUUGGCCCGGUGACGUUAUCUUUGAUGAGCAACCUAUUGCCUCAGCGCUUGAUCCUGAUCUUGAGACUGGUGAUUAUUGUAGUUAUUGUCUCAAAGAACUUUCCGGUGACCCAAUCAACGAUGAUACUGAUCUAUUUGAAGCAGUCUAUUGCUCAAAAACAUGUCAUGAAAAAGCUAUGAGUGAAUAUGCUACACUUCUUUUCACUAAUCGUGAUAAAACCGGCAAAGAAAGUAAGGAAUCUCAACUUGUACAUUUGGUAAAAUCUGGAAAUGUCAAAUAUCCAUUGAUGAUCGCUCGAUUUUUGGCUAAAAUGGUUCAUGAGGAAACACAAAAAGUAAUCACAGGUGAAGAAGAAGAAUAUAGUACUUGGGAUCAUAUUGAACGAUUACCAUUGUUAAAUGUACCUCCUAAUGACAAAGAGACUAAUGAGAUUAAGCUGUUAAGAGAAUUGUUUGCUGCAAAAGUUCCUGGGAUGGAAGAGUUCAUAUCUGAAGAAAGGUACUUAAUGCUUAAAGGCAAGCUUAUGUAUAAUUCUUUUGGUAUAAGUACCACGCGUGAAAUAAGAGAGAAUACUCAGGAGAUGGUUCGCACAAGUGAAUCAUCAGUGAUCGGCGCCGGUUUUUAUCGUGUUGCCUCCUAUAUGGUUCACUCAUGUGACCCAAAUAUUAUGAUCAAUUUUCCGAAUCGAAAUAAUGUUAUAUCAGUUGUUGCCACUAAGCAAAUUAAGGCUGGAGAAGAAUUAAAAACUAGUUACAUUAGAGUGGGUAAUAGAACUUUAGAAAGUCGACGUAAUGAAUUGGAAUCAAAAUGGAAGUUCCGAUGUACUUGCGCAAAAUGUUUAUCAGAAUCAACUAGUGAUUGA